AUAUGCAUGCUUGCUGCAAGAGGGACCCCAAAUUCAAGCCCAAGAAUACUACCCUCAAGUUCAUGCCUCGCCGAUAUGGAGACCUCUCGUUCACAUACGACGUUCUAUCCGCGUAUGAGAACAAGUACCAAGCACAGGUUACCAUCGACAACCUCAGCCCCUUAGGUCGUCUUGAUCAUUGGAACUUAACUUGGGAAUGGAUGCGAAACGAGUUCAUUUAUAGCAUGAAAGGUGCCUACACUCAUAAAAAAGAUCCUUCUGAAUGCAUUUACGGGCCUCAGGGACAAUAUUACAAGGAUUUCGACUUCACUACUGUCCUGAAUUGUCAAAAGAAGCCACUCAUCUCGGAUUUGCCACCCGAAAAGGAAAAUGAUGACAAACUUGGCAAGAUACCUUAUUGUUGCAGAAAUGGCACACUUUUGCCACCUACUAUGAAUGAGACUAAGGCAAGAUCCAUUUUUCAGCUUGAAGUCUUUAAACUUCCUCCUGAUAUGAACAGAACCGCCCUGUAUCCGCCUCAGAAUUGGAAAAUUGAAGGUACCGUUAAUCCGUCCUAUAAAUGUGGCCCUCCUGUUAGAGUAGAUCCAACAGGAUUCCCCGAUCCGAGUGGAACGGGCAUGACUUCUACUGCUGUGGCUAGUUGGCAAAUUACUUGCAACAUUACACGUCCAAAGCCAAAAGAAAACAAAUGCUGUGUUUCAUUCUCAGCAUAUUAUGCUGAUUCUGUUAUCCCCUGCAACACUUGUGCUUGUGGCUGUCAACAGACGUCUAAAUGUGACGCGAAUAGAAAGCCGUUACUUCUCCCUCCACAAGCACUUCUUGUCCCUUUCGAAGACAGGGAAGAAAUGGCGGAAGCUUGGAACGCAAUCAAACAUUUUGGUCCAUUUCCUAAGAAACUCCCUUGUCCUGAUAAUUGUGGGGUGAGCAUAAAUUGGCAUGUUGAUAGUGAUUACAAAAGCGGAUGGACAGCUCGAGUAACUCUCUUUAACUGGGGAAACGACGCGUUUGAGGACUGGUUUACAGCCAUUCAGAUGAAGAAAAACAUUGCUGAAGGAUAUGAAAAUGUUUACUCAUUCAAUGGUACUAAGUUACCUCAACGAAACGACACGAUUUUCAUGCAAGGUUUGCCUGGAUUGAACUAUUUAGUUGGAGAAGUGAAUGGAACUAAUCCUGGUAAAGAUCCAAGAGUGCCUGGAAAACAACAAUCUGUGAUUUCAUUCUUGAAAAACCAUACACCAAAUAUUAACAUUCCUUCAGGAGAUGGAUUCCCUGCCAAAAUAUUCUUCAAUGGUGAAGAAUGUGCACUUCCAACUGAUUUUCCUAAAAGAAAUGCAGCAUUCAAAUCUCAAGUUGGUUUGUUGCCUGCAGUUUUGCUUGCUCUCCUCACCCUUCUGUUGACAGAUCAAUUACACUGAUUCCUAUCCCUACAAGCUGGGUUUUCUGUUUCAAGAUUUUAUAGGUCAAAUGGACAUGAAGUUGGGAGUGUAAAGAAGAGAAGUGGAUCAAGAAAAGAGACAAAUUAGGCAAGAUUUGCAAUUUAGAAGACUGUAACAAAGUUGGGACAGAAAAAUGAAUGUACUUUGUUUGAUUGAUGUAUCAUAAUUAAACUUACCCACAAAAAUGAAUAUUUGAACCUUUUUUUCUUGUGUAGUGGAGUAUGGUGGUGAGAGUUGGAUAUUGUUGAAAAGUUUUUAUGUUCUUCAAUAGGAAGUACAUAAAAAUGGAAUAUAGGGUUUAGAUUAUAUUCUAGUUCUUAAGUGGUAUCAAUACAAGGAGUACUAUAUAUUUCAAUACA